AUGGCGGCGGCGGCGGCGGGCGGAGCGCCGGGCACGGGCGCCGCCGAGGAGAGCCGCCCCGCAGCCGCCGCGGCCCCUCCCUGCCCGGCCCCGCAAGGCACCCUCGGCCGCGAGCAGAUCUUGGACUACAUCGUGGACACCUUCUUGCAGACGCUGGAGAGCGGCGGGUACCAACAAUUCGUGAAGUGCUACAAACGGCUCUACAAAGCACAGCCUGAACUCACAAAGUGUGUUUACGAUCAGUUUGUGUCCCAUCUGCAAAGCUCAGUUCAGGAGGAGAUCCAAGAGCUGAAGGAAGAAGGGAAUCUCACAGUGUUGUUUGAAUCGCUGGACAGGCUUGUGGGCGGAGCAAAAGGCCGGGAGACGCCUGCAUGGCGCCCCAGGGGAGUCCCAGAGGAAGAUGUCCGCAGUGGGGUUGUGCCAUACUUUCUGAAGCAGCGCAAGCUCCUGCAGAGGGCUCUAAAAGAGAAAGAAGAGGGGAAUGCCCAGCUGGCCCAGGCGGUGUUGGCUGGUCGAAAGAAAAUGGAAAGCUUGCAGGAGGAGAUCCAAAAGCGCAAGGAGGCCUGGCAGGAAAUUGCUGAAGAAGGUCAGAAGGUUGUGAAUAUGUUUGAUGAGCUUCACUGAGCCUGCGUACUUCUCACGCGGGGAAGAUGGUCGGCAUCAGAAACAGGCCACUGACACUGGCUCUCCCCCAUAGGCUUCCCUGAGGAAUUUGCUGAGCUGAACUUGGUGGCAGGACAAAUUCCCCUAGCGUACGACCCUUCCAAGCAGUGCCCCCGGCGCUUCUGCUGCUGGACAUCUUUCGAGCCUGUUUUCUGUGGGUCUGGGAAUGUUGGACUGUGCAAGCCAGCGUGCCUUUUUUACAGGGCCCCAGUUCUGGCUCUUUGGCCACGAUGCUUGUUAAUCCUCCUCAGGAAGCACAAGUUCCCCCCUCGCAAUUCUUUGGUUAUCCCCAGUGCAGCUGCUUCUGCAUCUUAAGGUUCCUCCUCUCUCGUGCUGGUCGCUGGCUCCCUGGAUCGUCAUCUGUUCAGAGCGUCUGUCCUAGGAGUGACUUGUCGCGUAAGGCAGGAGAAAAAGCUCCGUCCUCAUGGGGGGUAUGAUGGUAGAAGACACAUCUGGAGCUCCGCCACAGGCAAAUCGGCGACGGGGUCGCCACAGGACACUCCAUCUGCCUGUUAAAAACCGAGGUGCCUGUAGAGGACUGGGGCAAAGCCCCCUUGGUUCGGUUUUUGUUGGACAAAAUGCCUCGCUCUUGAUGUUUAAAACGAGCAGAGACAGUUCUAGAGGAAAGAGCACAGCCAAACCUCCUGGUGUCCUUCUGGAAUACUUUGAGGCUUCGAAAAUAGUCCUGCCAAGCCAUUUGGUUUGUAUUAAAAUAACAUGGUUACA